AUGCAGCUUUUCCAAACCGUGCCCGCGUUGCUUCUGCUCAGCACUGCGAAUGCUUACACCUUGACCUUCUAUGUCGGCUCUGAAUGCAAUAGCGAAGAACUCGAAGUUGUGAACAACGUUGGUGGCACAUGUCUUUCGACCGGUCUCAGUGGCACCAAUGCCCAGUCAGUUGAGGUUACCAAAGAAGACUCCGACUCCGAUAACCAAGAAAUCGCGUUCCACCAAUCGGAUGAUUGUACCGGACAGACACUCACCCUAACAGAAUCAGGAUGCGUCAACAUUGAUACCGCAGGCCUCGUAGCCAACUCAUACAGAGUGGAUACUGCUUAA